GUUGGGUGCAUUUUGUUUUUAGUGAUAGUUUUUGUAAAGUUAUUGAAGCACGGAUGAUGAACAUAGUUUCAUUUAUUCAAUAUUAAUAUAAAGCAAUAAUCAAACGCAUUGAAGCUGUGCAAUAUUUGUGCGUCAAGAUGCGUCAAUUCAACAUUUCGGUCAUUGGACUAUCCGGGACCGAAAAGGACCGCGGCCAAGUCGGUGUCGGAAAGUCAUGCUUGUGCAACAGAUUUAUGCGGCCCAUGGCAGACGAUUACUUCAUUGAUCACAUAUCAGUGCUUAGCCAGAGCGACUUCAGCGGUCGCAUUGUGAAUAAUGACCAUUUUCUGUACUGGGGCGAGGUGCGUAAGACGACCGACGAGGGCGUUGAGUAUAACUUCAACAUUAUCGAGCAGACAGAGUUCAUGGACGAUUCCACAUUCCAAGCGUUUAAGGUGGGUAAAAUGGAUCCAUAUCUGAAGCGAUGUACCGCCACAAAGGUCUUCUCAGCGGAGAAACUUAUGUACAUAUGUAAGAACCAACUGGGCAUCGAGAAGGAGUACGAACAAAAGGUAAUGCCGGACGGCCGGCUUAGUAUCGACGGGUUUGUGGUUGUCUUCGAUGUCAGUCCAGUGCCAAAUCGCAGCGUCGAAAAGCAGGUGGAGUUCGUUCAGAAUGCCAUUGCCCACAUAUUAAAAAAUAAAAAACCACUGGUCCUUGUGACGACUAAAAAUGACGAUGCGCACGAGUUGUAUGUGCGCGAAGCCGAAAAGAUUAGUCAGCGCAAGGAUUAUAAGAGUACGGUGCAGUUGAUAGAGACAUCGGCACACGAAUCGAUCAACAUUGAUCUGGCAUUUCUCAUGCUUGCACAAAUGAUAGACAAGGUUAAGAACCGGGUCAAGAUCAUAUCAUAUCAGGAGUCUGCCAAAUCGCGCAAAGAGCUAUUGGAUACACGCUCUGAGGCGGUCACAAGACUCAUUCGAACUCAAAUCACAGACUAUCACAUAUUGUGGUCGCAGGGCUCGAAAAUGCUAUCGCAGUAUCGUGAAUGGAAUGAGUUCUUGAACAUUUUCGGACAUGAAGCCGGUCAGAAGCUAUUUCGUCGCCACAUGAAAAAGUUACGCGACGAUCAUCUCAACAAAAAACUACACCAAUACUUGGACAAGUUCGCAUUAGCACUCGAGUAUUUGCUGCCAGAUAUUAAUGCGCUCAAUCUCAGUGAAGAUGAUGCCUGGGAUUGUGCCCGCAAUUAUCUGCAGAAUCACGUUGAGUUCGAACAGUAUUUCUUUGAGUGUCCCCAGGCCUCUUGGACCGAGCUGGUGGAUAUGGAAGAGACUGAAGAUGAGGCGCGCAUACCUUUCGAUGUGCUUGAAACCUCGGAGGCCGAAACAGUAUUCCGAAACUAUUUAAACUCUGUGCAACAGGAUAAGAAAAAAAUUGGCUGGAAGCAACAAUUCAAGAUGCUUCUGGAGGAGUCAGGCUUUGUGACGCCCGGUAAGCAAUUGUCCGAAGUUCGAGUGCUCUUCAUGGGCCGUGAAUGCUUUGAGGCUUUGUCCGAACACGAUUGUCAGCAAAUCUACGACAUACAUCAGGACGAGAUCAUUGAGAAGAGCAAACAGAAUUUCGUGGAGCUGUUGUUGGAGCAUGCCCAAUACUUUUUGCAGUUUAAAAAUGUCGACAUUAUCACGCAAGAGGAUGUCAAACAAAUAACAGACGUCAUUCAAGAAGACUCGAGAUAUAAAAUGCUGGAUCGCUUGGACCAGGAGCGACGUGUUAUGCUCUUUCAGCAUUUGCGAUUCAUACACUGCCCCAUACGCGAUCAUUGCCCGUUCUUUAGCAAUUGUGUUGACAACCUGAUCGAGGAGGUGCUCUCGGACAAGUCAAGCAAUCACAAAUCAUCCGGCUGGAAAACCGCCGGCAACGGCACAGACCGCACACUCAAUCUGCUCAUAGUUGGCUCGGAGCACUUGGCAAGCGAUUUGCUCAACGAUAUUCGCAUUUGCACCGGCAGCAAGGGGGAGUACAUAUAUGAAAAUCAAACGUAUUAUCUUAACUAUCGCAUUGCUAACGGUGAUAUGGAAGCAUUCAAGGCAAUCGAUGUCUACUCGAGCGGCCUAAUUUGCGUCUAUUCGAACCAGCAAUCGUUUGAAACGCUUAAAGACAAUCUCGAGCGGACAUUACUUUGCAAUCUUGAGCUCGAGGACAAGUUUGAGAAUCUCCCAAUUGUACUGGUAUAUCAGCCGCAGGAUUUGAAAGAGAAUGAAGUGGACUAUCUGCGAAGCGAAGGGAUGCGCUUGUCUGAAAUGCUGCACUGCGACUUCAUCGAUCACACACAGAAUCAUCAGAAGUAUGUUUACGACAUACUUAACAUUGUAAUACUCUCGCUCAGGCUAACCGAAAUGAAGACCUAUGAGCCAUACCCUUCGAACCACACUGAUCUACGCAUACUUGUCGGUAUCUUCUGUGGCGACCAGUACGACAUUGAGAACAUUGUCCAGCCGCUGAUCGCCGAAUCAACGCUGUGCAAGGCCAAUGAGCACAGCAUCAUAGUUGAUGUAUUCAUCGGGGAUGCGAAGCGUCGUGUCGAAUUCAUAUUGUCAUCGUAUCAUGGCACCAAUCAGUAUCGGGAUGAACUCAUACACGGAUACAUUUAUUUCUAUUCAGCCAAACGUCGUUCGUCCCUCGCCAAUCUCAACAUAUUGGCUGCGCAAAACUCCAACAUUCCAUUGCAGAUGAUUGCGGUCACAGAGAGCGGAGGCGUUAAUGCAUUUUUCAAUAGCGAAAUCUGCCAAUAUCUUAUAACCGAAGGCAAUGCGCUAGCAGAUCGUUUCAAGGGCAGUUUCAUGACAUUUUCAGCCGAUCAAUAUGUUAAGUUUGCAUUUUAUAAUCCAUUCCUUAAAACUGCCUGGGACAACAAGUAUGAAGUAGAAAAUCUGCAUGUCGAGGAGUCAAUUACUUUAGAUUCGGGCGAGGGUACUCUGGAGAACUCGGUCAAUCAGUUGCCGCGUCCACCACCACGUCACGAGAGCUACUUGCUAUCCAAUACUCUGGGCACCGACGGUUCUGGCAGUGAAAAUUACGAAAUGCUUCCUACACGAUCUUUGAAUUCAUUAAAUGAAGAAAGAGAUAUAUCAUUAGAUGAAAUCUAUGAUGACAACAACGAAAAACCAAAACACCUGCAUCAAAGAUUCCAGAUAUUCCCUCCUCCAACAACUCCUCCAGAGCCAGCCCCUCCAGAUCAUCAGCUCAUUACAUGCACAUAUAAGAGUCAAUUCGUUUCGGCUUCAGAAUCAAGUUUGGAAGAGAUAACAUCGGAUGUCAGCGGGUCUAAGGAUUCAUUGGCCACCCAUGAUGCAGAAUGGUUAGAGGACAAAAGUGAAGGGCGUCGUAACAUGAACAAGAAUUCCAUUUGGAACAACUUUAGCGGUUCGACACAUGCCUACACCACAGGUCGCCGACACAUUGACUCAAAUCUAAAUAAAAUUCGUCCAAAGGGUCCGAGCCAGACAUUAAAGCAACCCGGCAAAUUGAAUAUGAAAAAUUUCCAAUUGGUCAGCGAUGCGGUGGCCAAAAUGAAUUUUGGUAGUGGCAGCAUGGGUGAAUCCUAUUUGGCUCAAUGUGAUGCCAGCGACAAAGAUGUCAAACGUUAUGAUCACGCACAACUCGAUGGAGAAGAUGAGGACUCCGAGGAACUGGCCGAAUAUGAGCAAAUCUAUGAAAACGAAGACUGCACCGAGUCGGAUAGCUGCGCCAGUUCGACAGAACGUCGGGUUCGACAACAGAAUGCGUAUUAUAAGGCCAACAAGAAGGCGGCACCCACCAAGAAGAACAAGAAGAAAAAGGUUGCCAUCCCGGUGCAAACGCCAAGAGUUCCACCAUUUGGCGCCUAUGUCAGUCCUCCGGAAAUACCCUUGCAUUAUCAGCGAAUGGCUGGUGCAGGUGAGAAAAAAAAAUCAGAGGCUGGUGUGUCCGAUUUCAUGAAAAACGACAAGUCUCCCGAGCAGUAUUCAAUGGUCCCCGAAUUGGCUGCCACGAGCAUAUUUGUGCCGGAGAGCAUGCCUGAGCUCAAUAUGAACGCCAAAUGCUUAAAGGAUUUGGAGAAAUUGGAGAAGCGGCGCAUCAAGGAGGAGACAGCUAGACUGCGAAAGCUGCAGGAGAAAGAGAAGGAGCAAGAAAAGAAGCUAAAACGCAAACUGAAACAGAAUGCUAAGGGUCUCGCCGAGACAACCGAGGCGCAAUUUGGCAAGCUUAUGAUCUCCUCAGAUAAAGAUGAAAUACCCAUAUUUUUGAUAAAGUGCGUUGAGUUCAUUGAAAAGGAAGGCUUGGACUCCGAGGGUAUAUACCGAGUCCCAGGAAGCAGAGCGCAUGUUGAUAUGUUGUUCCAACGAUUUGAGGAGGACGUAAAUACAAUUAUUGAUGUGUUGGACAUACCGGUUAAUGCUGUGGCGACAGCACUCAAGGACUUCUUCUCAAAGCGUCUCCCGCCUCUGUUUAGCAAGGACAUCAUCAAGGAGCUGGAGGAGAUUGCAGGCUCUCGAGGUGUGGGCUCUUCAAAGUUAAAUGUGGAAGUCAAGACCGAUCGGAGCUGCCGUUUAAUAGCUUUAAAAUCAUUGCUACAGAAAUUACCACCAAUUAAUUUUGCCAUACUCAAAUACAUAUUCCAGCAUUUUGUGCACGUCUCGGACAAUUCGAAGUUGAAUAGCAUGGACAGCAAGAAUCUGGCUAUUUGCUGGUGGCCAACACUAAUACCCAUCGACUUCACCGACAUGGGACAUUUCGAGCAGCUGCGACCAUAUCUGGAGGACAUUAUACAAACUAUGAUCGAUCAGUUCCCCUAUCUGUUUUGUGGCAAAGAUGCUUUUGUUAUGGUUUAAGUGAUGUUAGUGCAAGAAAUUGCUUUUAUAGGUGAAAAGAUACAUACAUACAUACAUGUGACAUACGCCUUUGUGUGUGUGUGCGCGUGUGUGUAUGUGUGUGCGAAUGCGAGUGGGUGUAUGCGUUAAACUCGUUUUUGUUUCAUUGAAAACGGGCAGGCAGUGGAAACAGAAACAUAAAUAGACUGGCAGCGAAUAGCAGUUGUUGGCGUAAACAUGAGAGGGGGGACGAGGGGCAUUUGAGAUGCAGGUGGAGCGGAGAGCAUGGAUCAUAUAGGAUGUUGAAGGAAAGAAAGAAAGAAAGAACCCAUCGAUCGAUUUAUAGAUCAUUAUAAACGCAAAAACGCUGAGCAAGAAAGUUUCGUAAAUAAACAUUUAUAAGCGCGGCAGCAAGACGGCAUAUACUAUAUAUAGUAUACAUAUAUGUAUUGUGCAUGUGCAUAUAUGAAUAUAUACAUAUAUACAUAUAUGUAUUAAUGUAUAUGAAUAUAUGUGUGUGGCACGUGUGUAAAGUAUUGACACUAGAUAAAUAGGGUAUAUUUAUUUUUUUAUAUGUGUAUAUCGCGAUAUAUCUAUAUAUAUAUUUUGUAUUAAUGGCUUUGUUGUGUUUCAGUGAUAUAUGUAAACGCAUAGUGGUGUGUGUCGUCGUCGUCCUCGUCAUAGUGUUGCAUUGCACAUUGUCAGACCCUGUCCCUACCCCAAACCUUCGACCCAAACCAUUAGUCCUUUUAACACAAAACAAAAGGUAAAACGGGCCGCCAGCUCAAGGCAUUUACAUAUAUACACACAUAUGUAUAUUUAUGUAUGUAUAUAUUUAUAUACAUGUAUAUACAUAUAUAUAUAUAUAUACACAUAUGUAUGUAUAUUUGUACAAUGUACAUUGCUGCCUUUGGCAAAGGUCUAGCAAGAGAUGGCGUGCACAGAGUUAUAUAAAUUAAUUAUGUAUUGUAUGUUAUAUUUAAUGUUAAAACAUAAUGACUAAAUUAAACAAAAUGAAACGAAAAAAAAAAACAAACAAAAACAAAAAGAAGGAAAAGUCAUGAGGCAUCUUUAAACCUUUGAGCUACUAAAUGUGCAUCUGUGUGCGUCUGCGUGUUUUAUGUGUAUGUAUGUAAAAGUAAUUAUAUAUAUAAUGUAUGUCUAUAUAUGUAUGUAACUAUACACAGCCGCAGCCAUUGCAUAAAUAUUUUAGAUGGGUGCGGGCCUGUGUAGGCGGAUCGGAUCUGUGGAGCAAGGAUUAUCGCACACUUUGAUAUUUUCGUUCUUAUUCAGCUAUAAUAAACUAUGUAAUGCAUAAAAAAAUAUACAUACAACAGCAACUUCUAUAUUAUACUUAUAUUUUAACUAUUACAAUUCAAAUGAAACAAAACAAAAAAACAAAAUAUACAACAACAAAAAAAGAGAAAACAGAAGAAACAAAACAAAAACGAAAAAAUGUAGGCAACAUAAGCGUAAGUGUUAUUUCUUGUAUUUGAACAUUAAUUUUUUAAUGAACUUAACUAAUUGUGUAUUUUGUGUCUGAACGGACCUCAAACUUAAAGCAAAAGAAGUAAAAGAGAGAACGAACAAAAAACGCGAAUGUUGCGAACUCUGCAUGCAACAGAAAAAAAGAAGAAAAAAAUAAUAAUAUAACAAAUAACCAUAUAUAGCAUAAUUUGUAUAGAUAUGUGUCUAUUGCAUUAUUUGUAUACAUUUAUUUAUAUACGCGUACUACCUAAAAAUAUGUAUGUAUGUAUCAAAAAGUAAUUGACGUGAUGUGUAAUGAUAUUUUUAAAAGCAAAUUUUAUGCCAAUGCCAAUACAGAGACAUGUAAUUGUAACUGAAACUGUAACGGUAACGGCAAUUGGAACGGUAACUGCGCAUUCACAUUGCCGGCCAGCCAUGUCCAUGUCUGCUGUGCUGUACUGUGCUUUGUACCGCCAACAGCAAAACACCAACAAUUCCACUCUCUCACACACACACAGACACAGCCCAGCCCCUCCCCACACAUGAGCUGUAGCUGUACCGCCGCACCUUAAAUGCCCUCGCCAUUGCCAUUGCUAUUGCCAUUGACAGUGACAUUGACAUUGACUUUGGCCAAAGGUCGUCUUCGGUCUUCGAUAUUGUCUUGCGACAUCGUAACUAUAUACAUAUGUACUAAUUGAACAGACAGAAAAGAAUGCACGAGAGCAAAUAAAAGUGGGCAUUUUCCAAAUAUUUGUGAAUCA